AAAGCGGAGAGUUUCGUCGUUCUAGUAUUUAUCCCGCUGUUAUAGUCUUUACUGUCUAUCGCGUGUGUCACGUUCAUUGUUCUCGUUUUCGUGCUGUUCUCCAUUCAUUGCGACCUUUCUAAGUUUUGAAAAUCCGAAAAUUAAUCUCAACCCUGUCCCCUCUCCAGCUGGCUGGCGAACGCAGGUCGCGACUCGGGGGCUAAGAAUGUGUUCUCCGGUCAAAGUGUGUUGUUGUUGUUGUGGACCUCACAGGUCAAUGUCAGCCUGUGAAACGGUGAAGUGUUGAAUUUCUUCCGGCUUUCCUCUUCCUUUGGUGUUUGUGCAAAUUACGUGAUGCUUUCGACACGCCGUCACGGCGCUACGCUGGAAACACAUUUCGAACGCCGUGAAACGAGUGAACACAUCGUGGGAUUGUGGAAUGUGCGCUGACAGAGGGCUGGGUGCCUCGGAUACUUCUGGAAAGAGCUCAUGAAGCACCUCGAGGAAAGGCGGAAAGGAGAUUCGCAGUUCGCCGGAGCGGUUAAUGACCGAGAAACGAAAAAAGUUAGGAUCACGAGGUGCUCCCGACGGAGAUGAGCGAGGCGACGUCGACGAUCAGCUUUCGUCUGGAUGAUGUUUGUGUUAACGAGGAGUCUCCCUCGAACUUCAUGAUGGGACCGGACAUGGACCUGGUGAACGGACUGAAUCCCUGGCUUCCGGCCUAUGGCUUUCAAAUUCAGCACCACAACAGUUUUCAGUCAACACACGAGGAUUCACGCGCUAAUGAUACAUUACUGAUGCAACAAGUUGAUUUCCUGGAGACGAUUCUCGAGGAAACGUCGGAUGACUUGCAGAGCGAUUCUGAUCGCAGUGGCACCACCUACUGGUUAGGUUCAGACUCAGAGACGGAAAGUGUGAUUCACAUAAAGUCCAACCAGAGAGCAGCAGACGAGAAGCUCGAUGGCAGCGGCAGUGAGUGCAACUCCGUGGUACCGAAGAAGAGACGCCGUAGGAACGGUACCGAUCACGAGAGAUACGAGGACACCUCGGCCUUUGGCGAAGACCUUCCGACGUCUCCAAGGUCGUCCAGAUCAUCCAGAUCAUCAAGGUCGUCAAGGUCUUCCGGAUCCUCAAGAGCGAGUUCUCUUCUCCAGUUUGAAUCGCUCGAGAGGACCUGCGCCACUUUCUCGCCAUCCUGCUACAGUUUCGACUCUCUCGAGUACGCCAAUCGAUCCAACGCUUCGAGGCUGGAGAACAACACAUCGCCCGACAGCCUCGAACAGGACUACGAGAGGGUGGUGCCCAACGGCUUUCCGGGUCCACGGGGUGACAGUUUCCCACGGAUCAGGCCUUAUCGUAGCUUCGAGAGUCUCGACACCUGCCAAAAGGAUCGAGACGUGGGACAGGAAAUUGUGUCCAAUGGAUUCGCACCUCUUUUUUCUAAGAGGAACGACGAUUUAUCUAGGACACGCAGGAGCAACGGGAGGCAGAGCAGGGGCCUUUGGUACGACGAGUACGACGACUACGAGGAAGACCAAGAGGACCUCGACGAAGACGAAAGCCUGGGUGUAACCCAGCAGUGUGACCUGGACCGUUUCGAAGACGACUUUCGAACGACUGUUUUUGGCGACUCCAGUGCGAACUACGCGACAUCCCUCGACUGUCGCAACACAAUCGAUCUCCGCGAGAUCGGUCUCGAGACCAAGCAAGACACUUUCCUUGGCUUCAAAUCGGGCCAAACAACCAGGCUAAAUAUAACCACAAAUAUGGCCGCUGGACGUAACAAUAUGGUGGCUAGCCAGCAUCAUCAGCACAACCAACAGCAGCACCAGCACCAACCAGUGUGGAGCAAGAAGUCAAGUUUUAAUUUUAGAUUCACGGAUAAAUCCCAAAGCGCUCCCAGUCUGCCUUGCAGCGUCUCGGAGUCCGCUUACCACGACAGUCUCGGAAGAUACUCACCCUUUGGUUCCUCCAAGACCACGGUCUUCGAAAAUUACACCCGCGUCGCUAGUGUCCCCGUGGACCUCAAUCUUUGUGGCAGCUCCACCAAUGAUGUCAUAAAGUCCUGCCAAGAAGACGACAUCGAAAUGGCGGACGUGACUGUGAUCCAGGAGGAAAGUUCCAGACCUAUCCUCGAAUCCCAAAUAAAGAAGCUCGAAGAGACGAUAAAGAAAAAUGAAUUUAUAAAGAAAGAUGACCCGCUAAGGAAAAAUGACUCGAUAAUGAAAGAUAACUCAGUAGAGAAAGCUGACUCGAUAACAGAAAAUGACUCUCCGAAAGCCUUGCAAUCAUCCGUUCGAACUCAAGAUUCUCAAUCCGUCGAAACGAAGCAGCUCCUCUUCAAUGAAACUCCUAACUGCCAAGAAGAAGAGGAUCUUCCCCUAGAAGAUAAACCAGUGACCUCAACCGUGAAGACUCAAGACAGAAUCGAGAACGUCCUCGAAAUCGCCAUGACCAUGGAGAACGACGUCGACGCCGUAGUUGACGAGGCCAUAAAGCAGUUCAAGCGCGAGGUCGAAGAAGCAACCGCCGCCGGGAACACGAGUGAAGUGAUAGCCGCUAUGGAAACUGUGCAAAGACUCACUUCUAGCAAACAGAGGCAACGCGUGAAAAACAAUGCGAGUUACGAACUCGCCCAGCAGUACGAGGUCAACGAGAAGAAUCUUCGACCUAUGCCUUCCUGUCAGGAAGACGAAGAAGAGAAUCGGUCUUCACUCAGAAGGUCUGCCUCUGGCAGAAGAGUCCUUAAUAAUGCGAGUUAUGAACUAGCCCAGCAGUGCGACUUCAUUAAAGCGGUCCAGACUAAACCCUUCCUUCGGAUGGACGCUUGUGAUGAAAUUGAGGAAUCGAGGGUUGCAGAUUUAGUGCAGAAAAUUGGUCAGAAGAAAAGGCAUGAAGUAAACGAGGAGACAGACUCGUUGUUGGGGCAGAUAAAAAAAAACUCGGAUCUAUUUUCAGUUUAUGGAGAAGACGGUAAUUAUGGAGAGGAGAUUAGAUGUCGAUUAGACGACGAGGUAGAUUAUCCCUGCUUGGAGAAUAAACCUAUUCAGUGUCCGGAGCAAGGUAUAGUUGAUGAUGAGAUGAGAGACGAAGAGAUGCGAAAGGAAGUCAUAAGAAAGAAGAGUUUCACUAGUGAGCACUACCCGGAGAAGACGAGGCAACAAGGUGAAGAAAAUGGGGCUAGAUCAGCAGUUGGUGAUCAGAGAAUGCUGGAGAGUGAUCGAAGAACGGGAGAUGGAUCUGGAGAACGGUUGUGGAGGGUCGUAGUGGAGAAGCAAUCGGUGGAGAAGCAAUUGCAGAAAGAGAAGGGGGCUGAGGCGUCUGAGGAGGGUGAUAGUGUCCACAGAGUCCAUUACGUCGGUUCACUCCCACCAAAGGCGCUGGAGGCCCGGCGUGGUAGUGGCACAGGCAAUCCAGCAGUGGCUGUAGGAGUUGAUAGGAAUCAAGUGAGGGUUUGGGACAACGACAACAAGGAGCACAAGAGGCCAGUGUUGAGCGAGAUGUCGACGGUGGCGAAGCGUCUCGCCGGAGCUUCGACGGUCAAGGGCGAUACAGUGACAGUAAUGCCUGAGAGAAAGAAGGGUGGCCUCGGAGGAUUCCUCCAAAGGUUCUCCAAGCUCAGAUUCAGUGGUCGAUCAAAAGUACCGCGUUCUGAGGUGCAGAAAAAUAGUGAGCAAGUUCAUCAAGUUCAACAAGUUCAGCAAGUGAGCCGUGUGAGGGCUGAAGAACCACAGAGGCGAAAACAGGAGCCGGAUUAUAUUAUUAUUUCUCUACACCCCACAGAGGAAGAGAAGAGGGAUGAGGAAAUUAGAAUGGAGCAGGAAGCUGCGGGGAGAAUUCUGAAGAGACCGGCGGAUGUUGAAAGAAGCACAUCAAGUGUCAGCACAAAUGGGAGGCCGCCAGUGUCUAGUAAACCACCCCUGCCGCCACAGCCACCCCGUGCGGGGGCGCUGGGUGGUAGAAUGUCGUCCACGACCUCUUCGUCGCGCCGGCGCGCAACCACAGACCUUGGAAAUCCGGCGGUCAUCGAGAUGGCGAAGGCCCGCACCAUGCAGGCCUCCCAGGAUCGGCCCGUCGGUCUUCUCGAGACCGAUCUCGACGCCGCGGAGGAGGGCGUCGACCCAGCGCCCUCCAACCACUCCUCGACGGGCAAGAAGACCCGCAGUCUGCUCAACCUGAAUCACACCACUCGUCCUCGUGGAACCGGCGACCUGGCUAACGAGAACGCCCUACACGUACCCCAGUCGCAUAUUGGCGCUUGUCACAGGACACCUUCAGACACAUCCUGUGGCUCCAGCCUAAAUCAACGACCCCACAAAUCCAUGGAGUUCCUCCUGGACAAGGAAAACCUUCAUUUCGUCAAGCCUCCGGAAAAUGAGUUGCAGAAGGUGGGAGAAAGAACACCUAGUGAACACGAGCUGAGGGUACAGAGAUCGCUUCAGAGAUUGAAUGUUCCUGAUUGGUUCAAAAAUUCACCAGCCGCGAAAGACGGUUUCAGACUCAAAAGGCAUUCAGAUGCUUCUCAGCAUGGUGGCUGGCGAGCUUUGGGUUCAAAAACGACUUCCCUUUCCUCCCUCUCCUCAACCACAAAUAGACAGCCAACCACAGGUGUCCUCUUAAGUCCAAGUCCAACGCCGCCUGUGUUUUCGAGAUGGAGUACAAGUCUGCUAAACAGUGCCGGAAGUUCGCCUGCAAGUUCGACUAGGUCAUCUUUCAAUCAUCGACAGCCUUACCUCGGCUGGCGUUCACAAGAACGUCUAGCGAAUCCUCGGACGCCUGCCGAACGCCUUGCUCAAGGCAUCCUUCCUCAGCUGCAGUCCGCAAACAAGCAGCAACAGACAACGAAUCAGCAGAUGGAGGUGAGGAACUCGAUAAAGGAAGUGACAUCGGCCAUUGUACACUAUGUGCAGAGUGGCCAGGAAGUUAUAGGAAGUGGAAGACUCUCACCUAGACCUCGACCUGACGAUUGGGACGACAGGGGCGGUGCGAGGUCGACCAGCCCCAGAGGGUGCACGAGGUUGUGCUGGAUGGAGAGCUCUUUUGUGGGUACCAAGCCACUGGAUUCGCCUGAGACGCCGAUGAGCCUUGCCCCUGAAGCAGACGGCUGCGCAGGAUGUAACGGCACCACCACCGGAUCCUGCACUUGUGGGGACUCUGCGUCUUCCGGUCUCUUUCUAGACCUAACACCAACUCCAGACGAGCUACAAUUUCACCAAAAUCAACGCCAAGGAACGAGUCCAUCUCUCUCGGCGUCUUUCCACUAUACGCAACAACAACAUCGACAACAGAUACAACCUCAGCCGCAGCAACAGCAGCAGCAACCACACCAUCGCGGAUCGGGGCAGAGUGAUACCGGCGAGGCCAUGGCGACAGCAGCUCUUCUUCGGAACAAGCCGAGCCCCGGUUCUACCACCUUGGAGGACGUUCUUGACUCCCUCCUUGGUCUGCCUUCCGCCGCGCGAACCCCAAGCCCUGGACCUGGACCCGUUUCCGGUUCCACGUCCGUUCGCCAACGAAACAACGUCAAUCAGGCGAAUGUCAAAGCCGGGAAGAGCUGUAGCGACCUGCGCCAAGACCUCCAAGAGUCCGCUAGGAGUGUCCUGGACGUUCGAGCCCAAGAAGAGCAUGCUUCCUACUACAUAGGGGAACUGGUGCGUCGUAAGAGCGAAGGUAGUGACUCUCUACCUUCUCGUUCAAACUCCAAGUCUACCACAAACCUGCGACAGCGACGGGUAUCCUUCGACAACUCACAGGAGAACGGAGGCUUCAGCGCCUUGGAAAAGAUAGUUCGUUGUCGGAACAACAAGUGCACUAACGUGACGAGCGUCGUGGAGGCCCGGAGGACCUAUAAAAGCUGCCACAAUUGUACUUGUCUUUACUGCUCCAGGGAAUGCAGGCGAGCCCACUGGCAGCGUCACCGCAGAACUUGUUUGCAUUCUCGGGCUGGUGCACUUUGCAAACAAGUUCUCUCAUCAGCCAAGGAAGAUCCCACAACCUUGAAACACAUUUCAGCCCUGGCCAAAAGAGGCUACGCUUCACAUGGUCGUGGGACCGUAAAGUGUUUCUUUUCCAGUCCGGAAGCUGCAGAAAAAUUCAUCAAUAAUGGUUUUAUAGACCUGGGGGAACCGACUUACGUGAGAUGGUCUGAUCUUCUUCCCAGUGAGAUGGGUUCUGAGCUCUACGCCGAGGUGAUGAGGCUCUGCAAAUCCUACAAUCCAGAAACAAGGCUUGUCCUCUACGUGGCUGUCUGCGUUGUUAGCGAAGUCCCCACUAGUGGAGCUGUAAAGUGGGAAAGACAGUUGGUCUCCAGAUGUGCCAAGAUAAGACUAGAGGCCUCUUGCAGGCAACCAAUUUCAUCAUCUUCCGCUUCGCCGCAAAGUAGACAACAAACUUCCUCACCAUGCCAUGCUAUCAGAGAAUUGGAAUCACCGGAUACUUUGGUUCUUACCUCUUUGCCUGGAAGCAAUGGACAAAAUACUCCCAGAAGAGGUAGGGAGAUUAGCUUUAAUAAUAUUCAGAUGCAGCUCAAGAUACGUGGAAUUUCUUUGAGAAGGCACUUUCCCCAAGUAUAUAAGAAACUCUGCUCGUACGUGGACGGAUCAGUAGACAAGUUUGCUCCUGUCACGAUCUAUCCGAGAGACCAGGCUUCGGGAAAAAGUUUCAUGUGCAUCAUCAUGCUGGAUGCAGAACCGGACCGGCUUCAACUGUUGCCGGCUGAUGCGGCGAGGGUCAAAACAGUGGAUAUCAGUGUGGAACAGGAAUAAAGGUUCGAGAUGAUAAGAGUGGACUUGGACUUGAUUAGAUUAAUAUUGGGAACUGUGGAUGGUUUGAAGAGAGAGAUUUUUUUCGGAUGAUCUUACAAUAAGAGAAAAAGAACCACAUUGUCUUUAACAGCCUUUUCUGGUACUUUGGAUCCACUCAGAGAAUCAGAAACGUCUUAUCUGAGCUAUUCACAGUUUCUUUCAUGAAGUUCAGGAUCUAAUUGCGUUCCUUCUAAGUCGAAACAUUGACCAAAACUCGCUUCGCAAAGCUGGUGGCAAAAAAUGAACGAUUUUUUAUAGUUCACGGAGCGAAUAUUCCGUUGACUCAUUGACGACGACUGACUGAGUAGGUUCUCGAUGAGGUUUUAAAGUUUUCCAGUGAGGGCGAAAGUCCCACUUUUUUCGAUCGAAUCACAAGGCGAUGAUCGAUUUUUAUUGAUAAUUAUAUUGUAUUAAAUUAAAGUCCUUUUAAUGAUAGUGUGAAGUUAUCAGUGGUUCGUUAUUCUGUAUUAUACACAUUUAUUCGAGUACGUUAUCAUAAACCAAGUGCAAGGUGCAUUCAUCCUGACCCUUAUCGUACGGUAGUAAAAACUUGUAAAGUGUUGGUGUAAAAAAGGAAUUUAUCAAAUAAAUUAUAUAGAAUCUUCUAAUACCUAUAGAAAUUCAGUCCGCGUCUACUUACAAUAUCAACAACACAUCUAUUUUUUUAAUUUACCGAACAGUAGGACAACAAAAAAAUAACAGCAAAGUUAGAAUUUUAAUUUUAAAUAUUAAUAAAACCUUUGUUGAAAAAAAUGGUCAGAAAAUGUAUUUAAUAAUGUCGACAAUAUUUUUCUGAAAGGAGUUAAGAAACUGGUUUCACAAAACAUUCUCUUUCUAAAUAUUUCUCACUACAUAUUCUAAAGAUGUACUUGUAAUAAUAAUUGUACUCAUAUAUAUAGAAACAUAUUUAUAUUUAUAUAUCUAUUUAUGAAUCUCCUUAUUAUCAGAAGUAACUAUAUCCAAAGAAAUAGUGCAUAUUCAUUUCAAACCAUCCGAUAAGGGUCACGACGACAUCGAUUCGAGAGAGACGCAUCAAAAAAGUAAACGAUUAAAAAUCGUUUGGAAAGUAAAUGUACAUUGUCAAGUGAUUCUUGCUUAUAUUCAUCGUCAUCUGUUUCUGUUAAGCUUCUACUUAUGUAUCCAGUUGUGUUUUGAAAUUCUAUGGUAUUAUGGCGGUCUACGACAUAGUGUGUCAAAAUGAAAAGUUUAAUUCGAUUUUUACGAUAGGCUAUGCUGAUCUGGAAUUGGUCUAGAUCUAUGCGCAAGAUUGUGUGAAGUAUAUGCGUAUUACGUUUAGUACAACUAAAAACUAAACUAAACCAUGAGGAGCUCCCGAGCUUUUCAGAAUUUUAAAAAUAUGCGUUUUGCUCUUUUUCGGAAAGAUUAAGCUUUUGCCCUGCAAAUAUGUCGACAUUAGGCUUCCCAGAAAGUAGAAUACCGUACCGAAUUAUCGUUAGACUCCUGUUGUCUCUUUUUCGAUUUUCUGGACUUCGUGCCAAAAGUAGCGUGAACGUGAUCGCGCUCUAAACUAAACAUAAUCGAGCAUGCCAAAUACUUGGGUCAUUCGAGUUGAGUGUUUCUUAAAAAGAAUUUUCCUCUACAUUAAAUCCCUGAGGCCUUGUUCUUAGCUUGAACGUUUCGCUACAAUUUUUACAGUGUUCGAGAGUAAUGUGUUACUUUUAUCGACCCUACGGUCAGAAUCGAAAAGUUUGAAUAUCGGUAACUACAUUGAAGUGCUUCUACAAUAAAAUCAUUUCAACUGGAAAGAA